AUGACACAAUACUUUCCGAGCCCUACAAAUGCACUUGUAACCCUCGUUCACCAAAGUCCCUUGUUCCUGUUGACCAUGAAAGCUGGUGAAAACCGUUUCAAUACCAAUUUUGUCAAUGCACUACUUUCCGCAUUGGACAGCAUCGAACAGAUUCGUGAAACCGAGGACGGCCAACCGGCAGCUUUGAUAACUAGGGGGGAAGGAAAAUUUUUUAGCAACGGGCUAGACUUGGAACACGCACUGAGUGUACCAGGCUUCUUCGAUAAUUAUUAUUUGAAACUGCUGGUCAGAAUGUUAACGUUUCCGAUUCCUACGGUGGCGGCGCUGAAUGGGCACGCUUUCGCCGGUGGAUGUAUGUUUGCAUUGGCACAUGAUUAUCGAGUUAUGCGAAGUGAUCGAGGAUAUAUAUGUAUGAAUGAAGUAGAUAUACCGUCACCACUACAUCCGGGGAUGGCAGCAAUAGUAAGAGUAAAAACGGUACCAAAAACCUAUAGAAACUGUGUAUUACAAGGUUACAGAUUUAAUGGUCAAGAAGCAUUGGAUCAGCAAUUGGUGGAUGUGAUCGCUAAAGGUGAAGAGGAGGUGUUGAUUAAGGCUAAGGAGCUAGGAAAGAAAUGGUCAGGGAAAGCUAAGGCAGGUGUCAUUUACGGAUUGUUAAAAAGAGAGAUGUACAUAGAAGCAAUCAAUUACAUGGAGGUUAAAGGCUGGAAUGCUAAAUUAUGA